GGUGUGUGUCGGGGUGUGUGUGUGUGUGUGUGUGUGUGUGUGUGUGUGUGUGGUGUGUGUGGUGUGUGUGUGUGUGUGGUGUGUGUGUGUGUGUGAGUGCGCGCGCUCGGAGUGUGUGUAUUUGUGUAUCGGCGGUCCCGCAGGUCCCGGAUGUUGCGGACAGUAUGAGGCGAGCGCAGGGGGACGGGGACCAGCAGCUGUCGCCGCCGCUCUCAGCAUCACAAGGAAAUAUCAACACUUAAAUCUUGUAAGCAACCAGCAGAGUGAAGAAAGAACAGAAAUCUUUGUCCCCUGACUUUGGAAACCUUGUUUAACCUUCAAACUGGCGAUGUCAAGGGUUCCAAGUCCUCCACCUCCGGCAGAAAUGUCGAGUGGCCCUGUAGCUGAGAGCUGGUGCUACACUCAGAUCAAGGUAGUGAAAUUCUCCUACAUGUGGACCAUUAAUAACUUUAGCUUUUGCCGGGAAGAAAUGGGUGAAGUCAUUAAAAGUUCAACCUUUUCAUCAGGAGCCAAUGAUAAACUGAAAUGGUGUUUGCGAGUAAACCCAAAAGGGCUAGACGAAGAAAGCAAAGAUUACCUGUCACUUUACCUGUUACUGGUCAGCUGUCCAAAGAGUGAAGUUCGGGCAAAAUUCAAAUUCUCCAUCCUGAAUGCUAAGGGAGAAGAAACCAAAGCUAUGGAGAGUCAACGAGCUUAUAGGUUUGUGCAAGGCAAGGACUGGGGAUUCAAAAAAUUCAUCCGUAGAGAUUUUCUUUUGGAUGAGGCUAACGGGCUUCUCCCUGAUGACAAGCUUACCCUCUUUUGUGAGGUGAGUGUGGUACAAGAUUCCAUAAACAUUUCUGGCCAGAAUACCAUGAAUAUGGUGAAGGUUCCUGAAUGCCGGUUGGCAGAUGAGUUAGGAGGGCUGUGGGAGAAUUCCCGGUUCACAGACUGCUGCCUGUGUGUUGCUGGCCAAGAGUUCCAGGCUCACAAAGCUAUCUUAGCAGCACGUUCUCCAGUUUUUAGUGCCAUGUUUGAACAUGAAAUGGAGGAGAGCAAAAAGAAUCGGGUUGAAAUCAAUGACGUGGAGCCUGAAGUUUUUAAGGAGAUGAUGUGCUUCAUUUACACGGGGAAGGCUCCAAAUCUCGACAAAAUGGCUGAUGAUCUUCUGGCAGCUGCUGACAAGUAUGCCCUGGAGCGUUUGAAGGUCAUGUGUGAGGAUGCCCUCUGCAGUAACCUCUCAGUGGAAAAUGCCGCAGAAAUUCUCAUCCUGGCUGACCUCCACAGCGCAGAUCAGUUGAAAUCUCAGGCAGUGGAUUUCAUCAACUAUCAUGCUUCAGAUGUCUUGGAGACCUCUGGAUGGAAGUCAAUGGUAGUGUCACAUCCCCACUUGGUGGCUGAAGCAUAUCGCUCUCUGGCUUCAGCACAGUGCCCUUUCCUGGGACCUCCCCGCAAACGUCUGAAGCAAUCCUAAGAUCCUGCCUUUUGCAAGACUCCAGAUUUUCCAGAAGCAGCAGCCCCUGUUGCUGCCACUGACCACCAGGUAGACAGCGCAAUCUGGAGUUUUACUCUGUUGUGGGGAAGAGACUGCAUCGUGGCCCCAGACUUUUGAAACAGCACUAAAUAACUUGGGGAAGCCGGGGGGAGGGAAAGGCCCAGGACUCGGGGCUACUCAACCUAAUGAAAACCCUGUUGCUGCGUCACCAUGUUCCCUUUGGCUUGACCAAGUCUGACUCUGGGAUUCAGUUUAGGUGCUGGCCCUGAGAACAUCCCAGUCAUGGUACUUCGGAGAAACCUGCCUGCAUCUGACUGAGCAGAACAAAUUGUCAGGUGCCUGGAGCAAAAAGGAAAAAGAAGAAAGGAAAAAAAAAAAGGACAUUUAGUUUUAAGAGAAGGGAAAAGGAAAGAAGAGUUUUUGCAGAAUUUUUCAAAAUCAGUUUGUGAAUUCUAAUAGUAUUUAUGUUGAGAGAAGCAAAUUUUAGUCCUUCCAACUGUGCUGAAGCUUGGAUGUUUGUGAAAACUCCUCACCACCACACAAGUAUCAGAAGAGCUCUCUCGUUAGCACUUAUUUUUUGCAAGAACAGAAUACAUCCUUUUAUCCUCUUAUGAAAGUGACAAGCAAAGGCAAAAGGGGAAGAGGUUAUUUGAUCUGGAAGAUAAGUGUUCUGAUGAUAGUGGCUUUUGCAAAAAUCUUUAUUGGUGUUGAAAACUGGAAAAAAAAAUUCAUCCAGAAUUCAUGCUGUCUUGACAAGAACUAUGGUUCUCUGUUUUUAGAUAUUGUGGAAAAUGUUUUUUGGCAUUUUUCUCUGAUUUUAUUUCUCUUCCCUCCCCCUUCCCUUUUUUCUAAAAAACAAAAACAAAAAAAAAAACACAAGAAAUCUGAAAACACACAAAACAAAAACAACAAAAAGAAGAGAAGAAAAAAGGAAAUUUUAUUAUUAAUGCUGUGUGAAAAAAGUCCCAGCACAGAUUGCUCAGCUGUUUGUACCUGACUUGCCACCUGCAUAGGAGCCAGUCCUGUUCCUCCUUCUUAGCCCUCUUCCUACAGGGGAGAACUUCCAAAUGUUAAUUUUUUCUUUUUGAAAAUAUAAAUAAUUACUAUUUUGUA